AUGUCAUUCGGCAGCUUCGGAAACUUUAAGGACAUCAACAAUAUUACCAAAUCCUUCCAGGACCUCGGGAACCAAUCUUUUAGCUUUGCUAAAAAGACCCAAAGAAUGGUUGAGGAACGUUUGGGGAAGGCUACCGAUGUAUCCCAACUUCCUCAAGAAUAUAUCGACUUGGAACAAAGAGUUGAUAGUUUGAAAGUGGUUUACCAAAAAUUGUUGGAUAUCACUAACACUUACGAAAAUGAAUCUUAUGAUUAUCCAGCCAAUAUGAAAGAAUCAGUUAAUGAAUUUUCCAAGACUUUUGUUUCCAAAGUUCAAGACCUUUCUCGUGCUACCUCUGCCUCCGAUGCUCAAGCCGUUCUUCUUUCUGGCGGUAAGCAACAACCACCAAAGACUUUGAACCAUGCUCUUGGUCGUGCUGCGCUUUCUGCUUCCCAGGAAUUGAAGUCUACUUCUGAUUUGAACUCCGCCACUCCUAGCUCCAGUUCCCUUUCCGAAGCUUUGAGCAAGUACGCCACUGCCGAACUCAAGAUUGGUGAAGCUCGUCUUACCCAAGAUAACCUUAUUCGUGCUCGUUUCAACUUGCCAAUGUCCAAGGCCCUUAAGACUUCUCUUAGUAAAGCCACAAAGGCCCGUCAAACCGUUGAAGAAAAACGUUUGAAUUAUGACGCUGCCCGUGCUGCCAUUAAGACUGCCAGACCUGACCAAGUGGCCAAGUUGAGAUCCGAAUUGGACCACCUAGAAGACGAAUUUGCCAACGCUACCGAGGAGGCCGUUAGUAUCAUGAAGAAUGUUGUUGAUGAUUCCAAACCUUUGGCUGAAUUGUCCGAAUUGAUCGAAGCUCAAUUGAGUUACCACAAGAGCGCUGCUGAAUUAUUGGGUGAUUUGUUACCAGAAAUCAACGGUUUGAUUGAAAAGGAUGCCACUAGAACUUCUGCUUUUGGUGAUGAUAUUUAA